AAAAGAUCGCAACAAGAAGAACAAAUAACAGCCUAUAUUUGGCAAUAGAAGAAGAGUAUCUAUCUAUCCUCUUCUCUCUCCCUCGAGUUGAUCAAAAUUCAAUCGCUCUUCUCUCUCUCUCUAUCUCGCAGACUUUGUACAGAGAAAAUCAAGGCCUCGAAACCACGUAUCAAUCCCAAGAAACAAACAACUAACCAACCCCCAACUAUUCUUCUUUUUUUUUUUUUUCUUUCUUUUUUGGUCCAAGAAAGUGAGAGAGAAAGACACAGACGAGACCGAUCUGAGCGGUUUGCGGGUACAGAUGGGAACGCUACAGACGUGGAGGAAAGCCUAUGGCGCCCUCAAGGACACCACCAAAGUCGGCCUUGCCCAUGUCAACAGCGAUUACGCAGAUUUGGAUGUGGCGAUAGUUAAAGCUACGAACCAUGUUGAGUGCCCGCCCAAAGAAAGGCACCUCAGAAAAAUCUUGUUGGCCACAUCAGCGAUUCGGCCCCGAGCAGAUGUUGCUUACUGCAUUCAUGCACUGUCCCGGCGAUUGGCCAAGACUCACAAUUGGACGGUUGCCUUAAAAACACUGAUAGUAAUUCAUAGGAUGUUAAGGGAGGGUGAUCCAACUUUCAGAGAAGAACUUCUAAAUUUCUCUCAGAGAGGACGUAUCUUACAACUUUCUAAUUUCAAGGAUGAUUCAAGCCCGAUAGCCUGGGAUUGUUCUGCCUGGGUACGUACAUAUGCUCUGUUUCUGGAAGAGCGACUUGAAUGCUUCAGGAUUUUGAAAUAUGACAUUGAGGCUGAGCGCCUACCAAGAUCUGCCCAAGGGCAGGAUAAGGGUUACAGCAGAACUAGAGAAUUGGACAGUGAAGAACUGUUGGAGCAAUUGCCUGCUUUGCAGCAGUUGCUGUAUCGUCUCAUUGGUUGCCGGCCAGAAGGGGCUGCUGUUGGCAAUUACGUCAUACAAUAUGCUCUUGCUCUGGUAUUGAAGGAGAGUUUUAAAAUUUAUUGUGCUAUUAAUGAUGGUAUUAUCAAUCUUGUAGAUAAGUUCUUUGAAAUGCCAAGACAUGAAGCUCUAAAAGCCCUUGAUAUAUACAAACGAGCUGGUCAGCAGGCUGGUAAUCUGUCUGAUUUCUAUGAAAUUUGCAAAGGGUUGGAACUUGCUAGGAAUUUUCAGUUUCCAACUUUGAGGGAGCCACCACAAUCCUUUCUUACAACAAUGGAAGAGUAUAUAAGAGAAGCACCUCGGGUGGUUUCUGUUCCAAGUGAGCCACUGCUUCUAACGUACCGGCCAGAGGAAGUGCCCCCUGCUGAAGAUUCCAAAUUAUCCAGUGAGGAACCUGAACCACUUCCCAUGGAUGAUGUUGCUGUCUCGAAUAUCGAGACUGUUCCACCACCUCCACCUCCAGCUCCUCAAAACAACAUGGAGACUGGAGAUCUAUUGGGAUUGGAUUAUGCUGCUCCUGAUGCAUCUGCAAUUGAGGAGAGGAAUGCUUUGGCUUUGGCCAUUGUUCCUGCGGAUCUUGGUGGUACUACUUCAACAUUUGAUUCUAGUGCCAGUCAAGCAAGAGAUUUUGAUCCCACUGGAUGGGAACUUGCCCUGGUCACCACACCCGGCAGCAACCUUUCUGCAACCACGGAGAGGCAGUUGGCUGGCGGAUUGGACUCUCUCACGCUGAACAGUUUAUACGAUGAAGGAGCAUAUAGAGCCGCUCAGCAGCCUGUCUAUGGAGCACCAGCUCCAAAUCCAUUUGAGUUGCAAGAUUCAUUUGCUGGGUCCAAUGGAUUUUCUCCCCUUCCCUCAAUUCAAAUGACAUCAGUGACUCAACCGCAGGUCAAUCCAUUUGGUGCUGCUUAUCAGCCAAGUUACCAACAGCCAUUGCAGCAGCAACAUCCAUCGGUGAACCCAACAAACCCUUUUGGCGAUACAGGUUUUGGCCCAUUUCCUGCUAAUCCUCAUGCUCAUCAAAAAGCAAACAAUCCAUUUGGAAGUACAGGGCUUCUGUAAUUUGCAUGUUUGAACAUUUGUAAGUGGCUUUCCGUGUAUUUUGAGAAUGAGUAAAGUAGAAUGAGCUCACGCACGACGAGAUAAAAUGGUUUUGAGCAUUGCGUCAAUCUUUGGGUUUGUAGAAUUUAGGGAGUGAAUAGUGAAAGAUGUAGUCAUUAGUUGUUUUGAUUGAGAAUAUUGGAAGUAAUUUUUGAAGCACUUGCUUCUCUCUCACUCUCUCAGUAUAUCUAUAAAUAUGUAUAUCUUUUACAUGCUUGGAUCACAUUGAGAUUAGCAGUAAAAUAGUAUUGAAGUGAGGAA